AUGUCAUCAGAAGAUAACAUCUCAAGCCAGACCACUGCCGAAAGCAAGGAGGUGGACCAGCAGAAUGUGGUCACUCGAGUGGCCAAUCUGCCUCUCGUGAGCUCCACGUACGACAUGGUAUCCUCGGUUUACGCCUCCACGAAGGAGACCCACCCCUAUCUCAAGUCUGUCUGCGACGUGGCGGAGAAGAGCGUGAAGACCCUCACGGCGGCCGCCAUGAGCGGGGCCCAGCCCCUUUUGACCAAGCUGGAACCUCAGAUUGCAACAGCUAAUGAGUUUGCAUGCAAGAGCCUGGAUAAAUUGGAAGAAAAGCUACCCAUUCUGCAGCAGCCGUCUGAGAAGGUGGUAGCCAGCACCAAGGAAGCGGUCUCGAAUACCGUCAAUGGCGCCAAGGAUGCUGUAGCCAGUGGCGUGAGUGGGGUGGUGGACAUGACCAGAUCGGUGGUGUCUGGAAGCAUGAAUACCGUCAUGGGGUCCCGAGUGGGCCAGAUGGUGGCAACUGGCAUGGAUGCUGUACUGGAAAUGUCAGAAGACCUGGUAGAUCAUUACCUCCCUGUGACAACACAAGAGUUAAUUGAACUGGCUGCUUCGCUGAAAGUCUCUGAGUCGGAUUGGGCUGAUUUGGAGGGCCGCACUCAGUUGCCCCCUGUGGAGCGGCCGGAGGAGCCACAGAGCUAUUUCGUCCGCCUGGGGUCUCUCUCGAGCAAACUCCGCCACCGGGCCUACCAGCACUCCCUGGAGAAGUUGCAGAAAGUCAGGCAGGGUGUUCAGGUCUCCGUCACCCAACUCUACCUCAUGAUGGAGCAGAUGGAGCACGUCAAAGGAGGCGUUGGCCAGAAACUCCAAGGAGGCCAGGAGAAGCUGAACCAGAUGUGGUUGGAGUGGAACAAGAAGCAAGCAGGGAGCGGAGAGCCGGUGGACUCCUCGGUGCAGCCGGAGGUUGAGUCGCAGACCCUGGCCAUGUUCCGGGGUCUUACUCAGCAGCUGCAGAACUCUUGCUCAACCCUCAUUUCCAAUGUCCAAGGCCUUCCAGCUAGUGUCCAAGACAAAGUCCAACACUUCCGCCACACUGUGGAGGACCUCCACUCGUCCUUCUCAACAGCCCGCUCCUUCCAGGAUGUUUCGGCCACCAUCUUGGCUCAAAGCCGCGAGCAAGUCACCAAGGCUCUCGAAGCCGUGGAUGAUGUGCUUGACUACGUGGUCUCGCACGUUCCCCUCCCGUGGCUGGUGGGGCCUUUUGCCCCCGCCUUGGUGGAGCUUCCAGAAGCUUCCAGCACAAAGGUGGAAGGUGGAGUCCAGGCCUGCGAAGAACCGAAGGAGAAGCCAGACAACCCACAAAAAGAACCCUCCGAGCCAAAGAAAGACCUCUAGGUUGACGUCUCACGUUUCCGAAAUGUCUAAUGUGGCACUUGUGCAAAGACUUCUGGAA